AUGACGAGUCGCGAGUCAGGAAGGAUAAAGGAAGCGGACAAGAAGCGUGUGCUCGAUGAGGCGUCGAGGAAGAGACGCGCUCGGAAGGCUCUGGAGGCUCUUGAGCAAGACAACUUCCACGAUGACCCGCACGCAGAUCUCGUGAUGUCCAAGAAAGUGCCUAAGUUCCAAGAUAAUCUCGACACAUCGAAGAACAAGAAGGGAAAGAAGCCGAAAAACGCGGAAUAUUUCAAGGCGAAGUACCGGAAAUCAUUCGCCCAGCUGCUGGAGGAAGACAAGACUCUGAGGCCGGAUCCUCCAAACUACGGCAGCGCUCAGGCGCCUCCAUCGAGAUUCCCGGACCGACACUUUUGUGCCGUUUGCGGAUUUCCUUCAAAUUACACUUGCACCUCUUGUGGCACGAGAUACUGUUGUGUGCGGUGUUUAGGGACACACCAGGACACCAGGUGUUUAAAGUGGACUGCCUAAGGAGUCUAGAAUUAUUGGAUUUUAUCAAUUUUCUGCCCAACAAUGCGCCAUCAAUAAAAAUCA